AUGGAUUUGCCACGUGUUCAAGGUGGCGGUGUGGCAUUGUCAUGGCCUCCAACGUUUCGAAGCGCGCAACAUUUCGUGCUACUCUACACCCAGCCUAGGGAUUGUCACAACAACUCUCGCCUCGCAGAGCAGAGACUACUGCCAUUUCAUCCAUCCAAACUCUUCACACCUGUAGCUGAGGGUUUUCUGCUGCUGAACCCUAGACUCCCGCCGCUGUGUUUUAGUCUUCGAGCACUCACUUCAGUCCCAUUUUAUCAUCUAGUCGGAAUGGCUGCUGCAUCACCGAUCGGUCAGCUGACAGACGAUCUUCUCUCCGUUAUUCUCCGUUUCGUCGGUCCAUCCGACGGCGAGUUCCAGCACGCGCUUGUGUGCAAGAAAUGGCAUCGCAUCGCCCGUAGCGUGCACGAGCACAUCCAUCUUCGCGAAGAGCGUCGCGUACGUCCUCGCGAGCUGCUCGCGCACCUCUCGUCAUUCCCAGGGCUUCGAAAGCUCGUCCUCGCCACCAGCAGCAUCACGUCCGUCCCUGACUCCCUCCUCUCGCGAAUUGCCGACACGUGUCCAGAUCUGACGGAUCUCCAUGUCGAUAAGAUGGAUCGAUGCUACAGGCUCGGGGGGUUCACGGAGGACGGGCUUUCGUAUCUCUUUGAGAAAUGCUCACGGCUGGAGGGGCUUUAUCUUGAUUGUCAGUCAAAUAUGACCGCCAUUCCCGCUCCAAUCGGCGGCCUUGCAUCACUCAAGAGCCUGCACAUCACUGACAGGGGGAGAAUCGCUCUCCUUCCAGACGCGUUCACUUCGUUACAGGCACUCGCGCAUCUCGUGAUUGAAAUGCACGGCCUGGAUGAACUGCCUCAGCACUUCGGCAAUCUGAGGCUGCUCAAGUCGCUCCGGCUAAAAGUCUGCCAGUCUCUCGUUUCCAUUCCUGAUUCUUUCGGGCAGCUUACCAACUUGACGCAACUUUCCAUCUGGGGCUCAACAAGGCUUCAGCUGCCCGAGUCCAUCUCCAACCUUUCAUCGCUGCUGACCCUCGAAAUUAUCUACUGCCAAGACCUUUUACCGCUGCCCGAGAGGUUCGGGAACCUGCCGGCGCUUGAAACCCUACGUCUGGAGGAUGUGGGGGGGAUCACAAAUCUGCCCGCGAGUCUCGGGCAGCUGGCUUCUCUAACAACCCUUGUCCUCGACCGCCUAGCACUCCACCAUCUGCCUGACGACUUCGCUCUCCUCCCACGCCUACGCACGCUCGCGCUAGACGUUGGCAUGGCCGUGCAGCUGCAUCCCUCCGUAUACCUCGCCACCACACUCAAAGAGCUCGCAAUCGCAAAGUCUGAAACUCUACAUUCUCUGCCCGAGGAAUUCGGGCAGCUUACUGCCCUCGAGGCCCUGCGCCUAAUUGAGCUUCCGCGGCUCAGCAGCCUGCCCGCGUCGCUUGGCGACCUGACGAGCCUCAAGGAGCUGAAAAUCUUUUCAUGCACGUUGCUGACGCAGCUUCCAGACUCGCUGACUCUUCUUUCUUCCCUCGAGUUGCUGGAAAUCAGUUUCUGCGACAACCUGACGGUGCUACCACAGGGCAUGGGGGGUGGUCUGUGUAGCCUGCGCGGACUGAUUCUGCUCGAAUGCCCAGCUCUCACCCACCUCCCGCCAUCUUUCUCCAGCCUCUCCUCCCUCGAAACCCUAGAAAUCCGUGAUGCACACAGCUUAAGAUUCGCGCUACCAGACUGGUUCUCCCACUCGACAAGCCUCAAGGAGCUCACUCUCUCCUCCCUGCCGCACCUGACCGCCUUGCCAGCCUCCCUCCCUGCCAUCGCCCGCACUCUCACCAGCCUCGUGGUCGUCAGAUGCACGCGAAUAGAGGCGCUGCCAGAGGAUAUCGGACGGCUGGGAUCGCUUAAAACACUCGAGCUCUGCGAUCUGCCCAAUCUGAAGUCGCUCCCUCGGUCACUGUUUCAGCUGCAGCGAUUGAAGUCUCUCAAAUUGUUUGGCUGCUACGCAUUGGAGUCGCUGUUUGAGGAUGAGGACUCGGGGGAUGAGGACACGGGGGAUGCACACACGGGGGAUGCACACACGGGAGCUGCCGGGGAUGACCUUGCGGGGAGAAUCACCCGCCUCAAGUUACCCAGUCACACGGGCAGCAGUGCCGCUGGCAGCUGUGGGGAAUCCGCGGAGGGUGGGACGGGUGUGUGGCUUCCAUCCCUCGAGGUCCUUCGGCUGGUGAAUCUUCCCCUGCAGCAGCUCGGUUCAUCGCUGGGCUGCUUUUCAUUGCUAACCAGUCUGGAAGUCAGCGGCCUGAAUCGGCUUCGCUCGCUCCCGGACUCCAUCUCUCGCCUCUCUCGCUUGCAGUCACUCACAAUCAGUUCUGCGGAUAGCCUGCUUGCUCUGCCAGAGACAAUAGGGCAGCUCUCAGCUCUCACGUCCCUCUAUAUUACUGAUGCCAUGAGCUUGACUGCUCUGCCUGAGUCAUUCGGGCAGCUGAAAAAGCUUCAGUCAUUCCAACUUAGCAACAGCCCGGGCCUAACCGGGCUUCCCGAGUCCUUCCCUGGUCUCUGCAGGCUGGAGUCGUGUUAUUUGUACGAGGUUGGAAUUUCAUGCCUUCCAGGUGACUUCUGGAAGCUCUCUGCUUUGAAAAGCCUCUCUCUGGUGUCACUGCCCAAACUCCGCAGCCUGCCCAAAUGUUUUUCGCAGCUGCCCGGACUGGAGGAGUUGAACCUGCGUGGGUUCAAGCGGCUGGCUCAGUUGCCCGCGGGCCUGCAGCAGAUGGGGAAGCUGCUGGCAUGCGUUGUCUCUGAGUGCCCGCUGCUGUCAAGGCGGAGAAUGGUGAUCCAUGGUGCAGCGAACCUGGACGAGGGAGAGCGUGCAGUGGGUGGCGAGGAGGACGAAGAUUACUUGGAGGAAGAUGAGGAGGAGGAAGAUGACUCGGAGGAAGAUGAGGAGGACGAAGAUGACUCGGAGGAAGAUGAGGAGGAGAAGAUGAGGAGGAAGAUGACUCAGAGGAAGUUGAGGAGGACUCUGAGGAGGAGGAGCGGAACGAAGGGGAGGAGAGUGAAAGGGAAGUAG